AUGUUCAUCACUAUGAGAUUUAGCACUAUCGCCGUUGCCGCGACACUCUCCGGUCUGGCCCAAGCCAGCCCCAGUCCCAAGCUGGUCACUCGUGCCGAUACUGUACAGGGUUUUGACAUCUCAAACCAUCAAAGCUCGGUCGACUUCGCGUCCGCAUACAAAGACGGCGCUCGUUUCGUCUAUAUCAAGGCCAGCGAAGGCACCGGGUUCAAAGACCCAGCCUUCAGCUCCCACUAUCAAGGCGCUACUGAGGCCAAAUUCCUCCGCGGAGGCUACCAUUUCGCUCUACCUGACAAGUCUUCCGCUUCGGAGCAAGUGAAAUACUUCACCUCCAACGGUGGUGGCUGGACAAAAGACGGCAUCACGCUACCCGGUAUGCUCGACAUCGAAUACAAUCCGUACGGCGCGACCUGCUACGGUCUCACCCACUCGGCCAUGGUCGCCUGGGUGAAGGAGUUCAUCGAGACAUACCACGAUGAAGUCGGCGUGUACCCUUUGUUGUAUACCACCCUGGACUGGUGGACGCAGUGCACUGGCAACGCGCCUGGCCUCGGCGACAAGACUCCACUGGUUCUCGCGGCGUAUAGCAGCUCGGCACCGUCGAACAUCCCCGGCGACUGGCCCACCUACACCAUCUGGCAGAACUCCGACAGUUAUAAGUACGGCGGCGACUCGGAUAUUUUCAAUGGGUCGGAGGAGCAGUUGAAGAAGAUUGCGCGCGCGGAUUAG